AUGGUUGUUCACAAGGUUGCUAUCAUUCAACUCUAUCCCAAGCCAAAUGAAAUAGAAAAUAACCAUCAAAGAGCGAUAUCGUUCAUCAAAGAUGCCGCCGCGAAAGGUGCACAUCUCGCCGUGCUUCCGGAAUAUCACCUUUCCGAUUUCUUUCCCAGCCACGACCCAGCAAUCAGACAACAAUGCGCACAGUGGAAGAAAUACCUAGACGCAUACUGUAGCCUCGCCAAGGAAUGCAACAUCUGCGUCGUACCUGGCUCCCUCGGCGAGCUCCAUGAAGACAACACACUCGUCAAUGCAGCCUACUUCAUCGACAACAUGGGUACCGUCCGAGGGAAAUACGAGAAGAAAAACCUCUGGCACCCCGAACGGCCUUUUGUGAAGGGCUCCAAAAACGACACUCGACAUCUAGCCUUCGACACGCCACUGGGAAAAGUCGGCAUGCUCAUCUGCUGGGACUUGGCAUUCCCGGAGGCCUUCCGAGAGCUGAUUAUCCAAGGCGCUAAAAUCAUUAUUGUUCCAGCUUUCUGGAAGUACAGCGAUGCCUCCGAGGCGGGGCUAAAGCGGAACCCCAGGUCUGAGGGCGAUUUUCUCGAUGCGGCUGUUGUUAGUCGUGCGUUUGAAAAUACCUGUGCUAUUGUUUUUUGCAAUGUUGCUGGUCCUGCGGGUGAGGGCUUUGCUGGCCUUUCUCAAGUCGCUAUGCCGUUUGUUGGGCAAAUGGAGAAGUUUGAAAAUAGUGAUGAGGGGGUCAAGUAUGCGGAUCUGGAUAUGGAUAUCCUUGAUGAGGCUGAGAGAGCUUAUAAAGUUCGUGAGGACAUUACUUCUCCAGACUGGCACUAUAGCUAUCGGCGGUGA